UCAAAACUUUUAGGUUAUGUGUAAAGGAAUACUUUUCAGUUUCUAAUCUAAACAAAUAGAAUACUUAUUAUAUUGUAUUAAAAUAACACAUAACAAUGCUUAGCGCAAUAAGGAAUACUCUACGGGUUCCCGUGACCACUGCGACGCGGUUGUUCCAAACAUCUGUUGUACAAGCGUCGGAUAAAUUCGAUCACAAGAGAAUCCCUUUGGAGGACGAAGGUGUUCAGGGAGAGAAAAUUGUUGACUUAGACUCAGCCCUGAAAGUCAAACAGAACCUUUUCCCAACUCUAGAUUCAGACAACUUAUUGUUCAAUGGGAUGCUCUACAAAGACUUGCCAAUCUGCAACAUCCGUGUGAGUCACAACAACACAAUAUUCACCCUUACUGAUGCAGCUGGCACGGUCAAGGUCAUCAGGUCUUGUGGCAUGGAAGGCUUCAAGAACACUAAGAAAGGAACUAAUAUUGCAGCGCAGACUACAGCUAUCAGUAUAGCUACUAGGGCCAUUGACAGAGGAUUCAAAACUAUCAGAGUGAGAGUACAAGGUCUUGGCCCAGGAAGAUUGGCAGCAGUAAAAGGUUUACAGAUGGGGGGUUUAGAAAUUAUAUCAAUCACAGAUAACACACAUGUGUCAUGGAACCCACCCCGAGCCAGAAAAGCCAGAAGAUUGUAACCAGCAUGUCUCUUACUUAUACUUAGUCCAAUAGUUCUUGUACAAAUAAAUAAAAUAAUUUAAACUUAAA